GAGCUACGAAUGUUUCAUUUGUCCCCUCAGCGACGCAUCGCCAUCUAUGAGAUUAUUGGAGAAAUAUCUCAGUUCGUCACAGAUUUUUGUAAAAACUUCAGAGUCCCGUCGCGCGGUUGGUAGACUCGCGUGGAUUUCAUUGGGCAUUUUUCUCCGAUAAGCGCGGAAAAGUGUGAGAAUUUACUGGGUUCUCAGUGAAGUGAUCAGUGUAUGUCACACCAGCAUAGUGCUCAGUACUUGACCAUUUUAAUAUAAUUCCAAGGAAAUCGAGGCAAACAGCGUCACUUGACUUUUAUUCGCCGAUCGAUACGGAGCUUUUCCACAGAAAUUUUUCUUUUCGACCAAUUUUCCCCUCUUGCCGCACCCCAGAAUUCUCUCUCUGAACCCAAUUCCAAAGUGAGUCAUCCUCUCAAGAUUCUCCUAAACAGUGCUUCAGUGAUUAUCCCUUGGAGACAGGCCAGCCGGAAGAUGAGCGACAGCCCCAAAGAAGGACGAAAAGUGCGUGUUUGGUGCGAUGGAUGUUACGACAUGGUGCACUUUGGCCAUGCCAAUUCCCUGCGUCAGGCAAAGGCUCUCGGAGAUAUCCUGGUGGUUGGAGUGCACACCGAUGCCGAAAUUGCCAAACACAAGGGUCCACCGGUCUUCACAGAAGAAGAAAGGUAUAAAAUGAUUAGGGGUAUCAAAUGGGUGGAUGAAGUGGUCGAAGGAGCGCCCUAUGUCACAAAUCUUGAGACAUUGGAUCAACAGAAUUGCGACUUUUGUGUACACGGCGAUGAUAUCACAAUGACAGCAGAUGGUGUAGACACAUAUCACUUGGUGAAAGAGGCAAAAAGAUACAAGGAAGUCUCACGUACUGCUGGAAUAUCAACAACUGAUCUCGUAGGCCGGAUGCUCCUUAUGACGAGGAAUCACUUCCGACAGGGCAACGAUGAAUACUCCAUAGAAAAAGAAGGUUCCUCCCGAAUGGGUCAGGAUCACUCAGCUAGAAGUCCAUGGACAGGAUGCAGUCAAUUUCUGCCCACAACACAGAAAAUUAUUCAGUUUAGUGAUGGGAAAGCACCAAAACCCGACGAUAAAAUUGUUUAUGUGGCUGGAGCCUUUGAUUUGUUCCACGUGGGCCACUUGGACUUCCUGGAGAAGGCCAAGGAGAAGGGUGACUAUUUAAUUGUGGGUCUGCAUACAGAUCCUGUGGUCAAUGAGUACAAGGGCAGCAACUAUCCCAUUAUGAAUCUCCACGAGCGCGUUCUCAGUGUUCUGGCGUGCAAAUAUGUGAAUGAAGUGGUGAUUGGGGCACCCUAUGAUGUCACCAAGGAACUCAUGGAGCACUUCAAUGUGAGCGUUGUGUGCCAUGGACAGACACCAAUUGCUCUCGGUGAGGGUCAAUUGGAUCCCUAUGCCGUGCCCAAGAUGAUGGGUAAAUUUUUCCUCUUGGACUCUGGGAAUUCCAUGACAACGGAAAAGAUUGUAGAACGCAUUAUAAAGCAUCGUCUGGAGUAUGAGCAGAGGAAUAACAAAAAGGAGAAGAAGGAAUUAGAGGCUUAUGAGGCAUCACAGAAGCUAAAAAUGACUCAGAAAUCAGGCUAAAAUUAUUGAACCCUCCACUCACCACGAGAGAUUCUUGUUCUUUUUCUUCUUCCUCAAAAAACAAAAGGAUGAGUGCUGAGGAUCUAACAAAAAAAUAUUCCCUGUUUUUUUUUUAUUUAAAAGAUAUUUUUGUACAAAUUUUUUAAUUGUUAAUUUCUGACAAAAUUCCAGAGUUAUGCUAAUGUUUUUUUUUUAGAAGAGAUAUUUUUAUAUAUUGGAGAAAUUCUAAAUGGAAUUUAUCAUUGAAUGUUUUUUUUCUGUUUGUAAUUAUUAAAUAAUGAGAUUGAUGUAAAUUUUAUGAUAUGAAUCUUUUUGAAGAGGAAACCUCUGUGGAUAAGCUUUUUUUGUGUUGUUGCUUCUGAAGACCCCUUCUAAAACCAUCUCUUUGAUAUUUAAAUGUGAAUUUUGAUAUCUUUCAUGACUGAAUUGAUACCAAAGCUCGAAGGUAGAGAGCCAGAUUUUUUUUUUUUGUGAAAUUAUUCUUGUAAAAUUAAUAUUAAGAAAUAUAAUUGUGUAUCACAAGUAAAAAAUAUUCCAAUGUUGAUGAAAUAUUAAGAAAAAAAUAAAUUUUUUGGCACCAA